AUGCCAUUUUGUCCUCCAAGUCUCAAUCCAUACGUCGAUCGGUCUCUGGUCGUGUCGAGGUAUUCGCCUUACUAUCAUCAUCAACAUGACUCUGAUCCUGAGUCCUACAACCAGCAACCAUCAUUACAUGCCUCGCGCUCGUUGCCUGCUUUUGCUCUGCGGUUACAAGAUCCUCGUAUCAAGUGUGGCCGAAAUCUAGGAUGGAACAUUGACUGGGCUGUUGCGUUCCUUGUCAAUCAUUUGGACCCACAGAACAGCCCCAAUGCGGCGAAUGUACUGGAAAACAUCCGAAUUCGAGCAUCGACGCUCGAGAAGGAGGGCCAUGCGCUGGAGAUCCCAUUCCGCAUCUUCAACAAGUUGGACGAGAUGUUGUUCGCAGGCCACCUAAAGAACGCGGUAUAUCUCGAACUCAGGAAGCUGCAUCCCGACCUGUCAGGAGCCACACAUACCCACGGCUGGGGUCUCGACCUCAAGGUAAAAAGAGUCUCCAUCUACCUCAACAAGGAUGCCCUUCAGCAAGCCCGAUCUGGAGCCAUCAUCGGCACCCUGAUCCACCACAUGAUCCACGCCUACUUCCUCAUCGCCUGCGGCCCGCAAGCCGAGAAAGAGACCGCAUACGGUCGCCUGGCUCACGGCCUCCAUUUCGGAAAGAUCAUGGCUACCAUCAAGAAGCUCUCAGGCGGCAACGGCCGUCCCCUCACCUCUCUCGAGUUCGGCCACACCCUAUCCAAAACAAACCGCCCCUUCUACGAGGAAUACUACUACCAGCAGCGCAAGCCAUACCACCGCCGUCGCGGCACGGAAAAGUGGUACUGCAGCCACUGCUACUCGGACGUGGCGGCCCUCUCCGGCGCGGAAAUCGACGCAUGGUACGACACGGUCUGCAAGCCGCUCCUCGCCCUCCCCGAGACGCUCCGCAGCUCGUCCGUCCAGAUCUACAAUCCCCGCCAGCACAUUCUCGAAGAUUCCGUCCUUGUGCCCGCGGCUCUGCUCGAGAACUAUUGCAGCAUCCACCGCGCCUUCGAGAAAGGUGGCUGCCGGUAUCUCGAGCUCAACGAACUCCUGGAUGCCGACACCGUCCUGCGUUUCUUCGAGCUGCUGUACACGGGGUCGUACAGCCCGGAUGCGAAGGGCGUGCUCUCGCUGGGCGGGAAGGGUCCACCCGUAAUCAAGAGCCCCAGCGCGGGCGACCCGCUCCUCCUUGCAGACAUACGCAUGCACAAGAUGGGUCUCGUCACGGGCUUCGACGAGCUGAAGGGCGUGACGCUCGACCGCAUGUACAAGCACGCCGUCACAUACGAGGACCCCGUUUCCCUCCUCGCAGAAUUGUAUGGCUGCGGAGAACCCGACGCCGACUUGAAGACCUGGACGCGCAAGUUCCUCGGCAGAGCGCCGCAGGGCGAGUGGGGUUCUGGCUCGGUCGCUGGAGAGCCGAGUAAUCUUGCGAAACUCGAGUGCGAGAUGCUGGGGUGGAAGGCUAGGUUCUACGACUUGCUGGAGGGCAGUAGUGCGCUGAAGUACGAGGUGGGGAGGGUGAGGAGGGAGUUGCUGGCAAGCGGGAUGUAUGCUCCUGUGCCGGGGGUGGGAGCACUAUUUUGGGCGCAGUUGGGUAUGCUACCGAGGGGGUUGGGGGCGCAGUUGGGUCUGGGGUUGGGCGUGAGGCAGGGUGGGUAUCUAGGCCUGCCGUGGGUGACGCCGGAGGUGGACAUUGAGAGGAGGGCUGCUGCUGCUGCUGCGGCGGCGGACCCGUAUCUUACGAAGGGGUUGGCGUAUGCAGAUGACUAUAAUGAUGUUGUUCCUUCCUGGGAGCCGUGGUAA